UACUUCAAACUUCAUACUACCAACCAACCUAUAAACUUGCCUCAAUCAAAUAAGUCUAUGAAAAUAGGUCCAUUCCAGAUAGUUUUCAUUACGAAUUGCCGAUUAAAUUCGGUAAUUGACUGUAAAUAUGGCAAAUAACUACGGCUUAUCUGAUGCAGAACUCAACCUUAUUAAAACCCAAGCCUCAAGGCGUGCUGAAAUGAGACGGGAGUUCUUGAAACAAAGAACAAACCCCUGGAAAAACGCUUCGGAGGCUGGUUAUGUUUUCGACACAGCAUUGCAAAGGUUUCUGUCCAUGAAAGUAACACAGUUUGAAUAUUUUACCGUAAACAAGCGAACUAGUUUGUUUGGAUUUUUUGUUAUUGUUGUACCCAUGUUUACAUUUGGUACCUUGAUAUGGAACGAGAGAACGCAGCGUGAACAGAAGAUUCGCAGUGGAGAGCUCCGUUACAAAGACAGACUCUUCAAGCUAGUUUUUACAAAAAUGUCUGGAUAUGGUUUUUCAGAGACUGAUUGCAAAAUAAUUCUGAAACAAAUAGAAAGGAGAGCUAAAUUUAGGCAGGAAUUUCUGAAACUAAAAAGUGAUCCUUGUAAACACUCUCAAGAGGCUGGUUAUGUUUUUGAUCCGGCCAUCCAAAGGUUUUUGUCAAUGAAGAGCUGUCAAGUGGAAUAUUUCAAACCGUGUUUUAGAACAGCGAGGUUUGCUAUUUUAACGAUCAUAGUACCUAUGUGCACAUUAGGUGUCUUGAUAUGGAAUGAUCGUACUGAGCGCGAACAGAAGAUCCGAAGAGGAGAGCUUCGUUAUAAAGACAGGCUCUUUAAGUUGGCUUAGUCAUUUAAAGCCCUCAUAGAAUAAUAUAAACGCCCAUUUCUCUGUGAAUUGUUUUAAAGUUAUCAGCUAUAAAUAUGGCUACAUAAAACUCAUUACAUUGUC